ACCGUGGCGCUCGCUACGCUAAAGAGCAAGUAUUUGUUGUGAUUUUCAUCGUCGCGGCGUCAUCUUGUGAAAUUUCUUCACUAUUUUCAUUGUUUACGUGAAUAUUAGAGCAACCUUUCGAGUGAUUUCGACUUAAAAAGUUAGAACAACCAUGGAUGAUGAGGCGGAGACGUACAAAUUGUGGAGAAUCCGCAAAACUGUGAUGCAGUUGAGUCAUGAUCGGGGGUAUCUGGUCACUCAGGACGAAUUGGAUCUCACACUGGAGCAGUUCAAAGAGAUGUUCGGGGACAAGCCCAGCGAAAAACACCCUUCUCGGCAGGAUCUCACUGUCCUGGUGGCGCACAACGAUGACCCUACAGACCAGAUGUUUGUCUUCUUCCCGGAGGAGCCCAAGAUCGGCAUAAAAACAAUCAAGACUUACUGCACUCGAAUGCAGGAGGAGAACAUUCACCGAGCUAUUGUGGUAGUCCAAGCGGGAAUGACACCAUCGGCUAAGCAAUCGCUCGUGGACAUGGCACCAAAGUACAUUCUGGAGCAAUUCUUGGAGUCUGAGCUGCUGAUCAACAUCACGGAGCACGAGCUGGUGCCCGAGCAUGUGGUGAUGACGCCGGAGGAGAAGCAGGAGCUGCUGUCGCGGUACAAGCUGAAGGAGAACAUGCUGAUGCGCAUCCAGGCCGGAGACCCCGUGGCCAGGUACUUUGGCCUCAAGCGCGGGCAGGUGGUGAAGAUAAUUCGACCGUCUGAGACAGCCGGAAGGUACAUUUCCUACAGACUGGUGUGCUGAGUGAGAGGUGAGGACGGGUCAUCAUUUUUGCGCGAUUUAUCGGACAAGGGUUGGGUCAUUGACACACGAGCGCACGUCAAUAGGCCGUGAGGAAAUUUGAGGAAAAUGCCAAUGGCGAGAGAAAAAUUGCUGGUGGAACAGGAAAAGAGGGAAUGGCAAAUUUGGCAAUAAAUUAAAGUUCGAAUUUCCAACAAUGC